AUGCCAGAAACCGGAGACGACAAGGAGAAGUUGAGUACGACGAGCAAUGAAGCCUUUGUCCGAGACUUAAUUGAAGCCGUUCGGAAGGAGGAAAUCAUCUAUAAACCUGGCCACAAGUUCUUUCGGCAUCUAAUUAAGAAACACCAGGCCUAUUUAGCCGUUGCCAAUGCCCUAAGUGCGCUAGGAUACAAGGACAUUACAGGUAACAAUGAUUAAUUUAUAUUAACCAUGGCGUUUUACCAUUUUAACGUUAUUUCGUUGACGAAACCUAUCUCUAAAAGUUGUAAAUCCUACUACAAGCCUAUGAGUGUCUUCACAAGUAAUUAAAACAUCUUGACCUAGAAGUUGUGAGACUUACCCAUAAAAAGUUGUGUAAUUCUGGCCAGAAAUGGCACUUGAAUGCCCGCUAACCACAUUAUUUCCACUUUUUCAGCCGAAAGAGUGAAACAGAAGUGGAACACGGUGAAGACAAUGUACUAUCGACACAAACCUAAUUGUGCCAAUCCGUGCACCUCGAAGAACGCCGAAGCCGGCUAUCAGUUCUGCAACAAAUUGGAGUUUCUAGGCGAUGUUGAGUAUAAGGUAAACUGGAAGAAGAUUCUGAAAACAAGUUAUUUUAAAAUUGCUGAGAAGCAAGAACCAAAAUGCCCAUAUCUCUGCUAUUCCAAAAAUUAGAAAGUUUAAAAAAUACAAUAGACAAAGUUAUCAAAGAUACUAUAUAAAUCCCACAACGAAAACACUGUUCUGCCAAGUUUUUGUGGCAUUUCGUUGCAGCAGUAAAAUAUUACUGUUUUAUUUUUACAAAAGCGUAAAUAGUGUAUAAGUAGCUUAAAAAUGGCCCCGAUCUCAAAAAAAAGUAAGUGAUCUUGUUAUAGGCGUUAUAUUUUAGAUAGGUCUUAUAUUUCAUUGAAGAAUAUCGAUCAGUUUGUUCAGAAUAGGACGUGCAAAGGAUGUGGACGGUCAUUGUUCAAAAAAUCAUCCAAUGUGAACCGCCAUUACUUGAGGCACAUGGAUAAUGCUCAUAAAGCUGUUUUAAUGGCCGCAAGCGUGAAAAAUGAGUAUUCUUUUGAAAAUACUAAUAACCAUGUAGUUUUGAAAUGCAGCUCAUCAGAGAAUGGAAAUAACGCUAAUUCGUCUGUGAAGAAUAUCCCAGCAUCAACUGCUGUAUGUACUAGAAGAUCAUCUCGGUUGGAUAAUGAGACUAAUGUCGAUGAUUUCUUUGUUAUAGAAAAAAUGGACAAUAAAGGUGUUUUACAAGAGUUUCAAGUAAAUUGGUCAACACGACCGGUCAGAAGGCCGUCGAGCGUAAGUUGCGUGAUCAAAAGGUGACAAAAAGUAUAAAGAUUGUCUUUAUGACAUAAAACGCGCUAAAAUAUAAUCAUUUAACACAAUUUUUUGUUAUUUAAAUGAAGUUAAAGACAGCCUUUACUUAAAGAUGUUGAUUUCUUGACUUUACCUAAACUUUUCGUCUGAUUUUCUUAAGAGCAGAGUUACGAAUUGGUUCUUGGUUCUUAAUAUAUUAUUUUAAAGAUGUUCUCAACAGUUAAUAUUAUGUUUUUUAGUUUUAUCGUAACCGCAAGACCAAUUCAAAAGAAGAAACGUCAUCGACAACUUCUUUUCAAGACAAUGGAGCGAUGGCUACAGUUUCAGUCAAUGAAACUCAAGAUGGAAUGGACAGGGUCAGGUUUGAAAGAGAAUUUAAGCUUUUCAUCUUUUUCUGAUAAAGAUUGAUCUAAAAUCACGGUAAAAAGUAAAACAUGCUAUAAUAAAUUGGAAGGUUUGAAGCUUUUUUAAACAUUUUUUGAAAUAUAUCUGUAAAAUACGAUGUUGAACAUGUCACAAACAUAGAAAAUACAGUAAAGCAAAAAAAAUUCAGUAUAUGUAUGUAUAUUAUCCAUUUUUAGUUAUACGAAUUGUUGAACACAGCAGAAUCGGCUCAUAAUCACAGUGAUAAGGUAUCAGAAGACGAUCUCAAUGAAGAUUCCAUGAUGAAUGGCGAGGAACCCAAAAGUCGGAAUAAAGUAAGAUUUUUUACGUUUAAUAAGUUGUUCAAUUAAUUCUGUGCCUACUCUCAUAGAAACUUUUUGGGGUUAGGGGCACAGAAUUAUGUUAAGAACCUAAUAAAAUUAUUGCACUGUGCAAAUUUAUUUUUUACUGUUUUGCACGGUGCAAAAAAUUCAGAAUUCAUAUCAGUAAAUUACAUUUUUAAAAAAUUAAAAAUUUAAAAAUAUAUUUAACAAAAACAAUUUUUAGCGAUCACACGACUGGCUUCUGAUGGACGAACAGCUUCAAGCCAAAAAGUUAGAAUUAAUGGAUCUGAAGCUCGAAAACCAACGAAUAUUAAACAAAAAGGCCAAACAUGAAGCCAGGUUGGCCGAGUAUGAAGCCGACAUAGUAGAAGUGAAGCUGAAAAGAAUAAUGGAAGGCAAUCUAUAG